AUGUCCAAGCCCGCCAUUGGAUUCGUCGGCCUGGGAGCCAUGGGCUUCGGUAUGGCCACCCACCUCGUCUCGCAAGGCCACGCCGUCCACGGAUUCGACGUCUUCCCGGCCUCCGUGCAACGCUUCCAAGCGGCUGGAGGCAUCGCCGCGUCGUCGCUGCAGGAUUCCGCAGAGGGGAAAUCAUUCUACGUCUGUAUGGUUGCCUCCGCACCGCAAGUGCAGUCCGUCCUGUUUGCCGAUGAUGGAAUUGUGCAGCACCUCCCCGAGAACGCCACCCUUCUCCUCUGUUCCACGGUCCCAGCAUCCUACGCCCAAUCUGUCGCCGCGGAACUGCAGGCUCGCGGCCGCUCGGAUAUCCACUUCAUUGACUGUCCUGUCUCGGGUGGCGCCAAACGCGCCGCCGACGGAACACUCUCCAUCAUGGCCGGGGGAUCGGAAGAGGCGCUCCAGAGUGGUCGAGACCUCCUUCAGACUCUCUCCGCGGAGAGCAAACUGUAUCUGGUUCCCGGGGGUGUGGGAGCCGGCAGCAACAUGAAAAUGGUGCACCAGGUUCUGGCAGCCAUUCACAUCCUCGGAGCCAGCGAGGCCCAAGGGCUCGCGGCCCAUCUCGGUCUGGAGGCCCGAGACACGGCCAGUAAGAUCAUCGCGUCCGAUGCUUGGACAUGGAUGCAUGAGAAUCGGUUUCCCCGGAUGGUCGACGAAGAUUGGAACCCGGGCGCGAGUGCACUGACCAUUAUCCUAAAGGAUGUCGGCAUCAUCACCUCGCAAGCCCGCCAACACAAGUUCCCGACGCCCCUCUGCUCCACGGCCGAGCAAACAUACCUCGCGGCCAUGUUACACGGCUACGGCCCCAAAGACGACUCCGCCAUGGUGCGCCAAUACUAUUCCUCGCCCAUCGCCGACGUGCAGAGCGCACCCACCACAGAGCAAACGCAAGAAUCGCUCCAGCUCGUUCUCGACCUCAUGUUAGGCAUCAACCUUGUCGCUGCCGCGGAGGCCGUCUCCCUAGCCCGAUACCUGAAAGCGGACAUGGGGCAGUUCUACCAAUUGGUCAGCGACGCUGCUGGUUCCAGCAAAGUGUUUGUCACGCGUGGAUUGGAGAUGAUUGAGGGGAAGAUCGGGGCCCAAGCACCCGGGAGCUCGCAGACGGUGGACGAAGCAAUUAAGAGAUUGGAGAAUGUGGUGCAGAAGGCGCGGGAUCUGUACGUGCCGUUGCAUUUGGCCAAUACGGCGUUGAAUAUGUUGCUGGUUGCUAAGAGGGCUGGGUUGGGGGCGGAGGCCAGUACGAGUGUGAUUAAAGCUUAUGGGUAUGAGUAUUGA